UCUUCUUUCCCAUUUGGCAGCAACGCUUUUUAGCUGAUUUCAACGAUUUACAACAAACACCACCAUUCCCUUCACAAACUCACGCAUUUUCACUUCUCUACCUUCCCCUUCUCCCAUUCUUUUAAUUCUCAAAAAAUCACAGAUCUGACCAAUUAUCAGAUCCUAAAGCUAUGUCUCCACAUCCAUUGAAAGCAGUAACAUUGACUCACGUUAGAUACCAAAAGGGAGAUCAAUUAGGCCAUUUCUUAGCAUGGGUUUCAUUAGUUCCUGUUUUCAUCAGCCUUGGCGGUUUUAUUUCUCAUUUCAUUUUCCGUAGAGAACUUCAGGGCAUGUUCUUCGCAAUUGGGCUUUUAAUUUCCCAAUUCAUAAACGAAAUCAUUAAAAAAUCAUUCCAACAGGCCCGACCCGAAACUUGUGCUCUUCUUGAAGUUUGUGAUUCUCAUGGCUGGCCUUCUAGCCAUUCUCAGUACAUGUUCUUUUUCGCUGUGUAUUUUACUCUCUUGACUUAUAGAAAAUUGGGACUUAUUUGUAGAAACCAAUUAUGGGUUGUGCUUCUUUUGGUUUGGCCUAUGGCGGUUUUGACUCUGUACUCUAGAGUCUAUUUGGGUUAUCAUACGGUCGCACAGGUAUUUGCUGGAGCUACUUUAGGAGCAGUACUUGGUGGGGGUUGGUUUUGGAUUGUUAACAAUGUGCUCAAGGGUCUUUUCCCUGUUAUUGAAGAAAGUGCUUUUGGGAGGUUUUUUUAUGUCAAGGACACUUCUCAUAUCCCUAAUGUUUUGAAAUUUGAGUACGAGAAUGCACGGGCUGCAAGGAAACACGUGUCUUACAAGCGCGCUGAUUGAUUGAUUAGUCGUCCAUUGAGUUUCCACAGUAAUGAGGACCGAGAGAAGGAUCAUUUGUGGUGAUAAAUAAUGCCUGCAACAGCUGAACCCUCCUUCUAUUUGGAGAGACAUGAGAUAUACGGAACAUAGGCGUAGAACAGCCUGUCAUAAGCCUAGUUCCUUGCUUUAAAAGCAUUUUAUAGUUUUACUUGGAAUUUCAUGUGUCUUAACUGAUUGUACUUGUACUCUGUUUCAUAAGUUUCAGUUCCAAGUUUGACAAUUGUAAUAGUAAGAGUAAGCAAUCUCAGUGUUAGCUUUAUAGAAUUGAAAAGCAUUUACUUGAGAAUUUCCUUGUCUAAUAUGGGCUUUGCCUUAUUUCUCUUA